AUGGUGGGGCUCUCAGAAGGGGAGAAGCACUUCAUCCACGGUGGCAUUGCGCAAGACAUUCGCACUGAUGGGCGUAGGCGACUGCAGUUCCGGGCCCUCUCCGUCCAUACCGGAGUCAUUCCACAGGCAGGUUUCAGAACUUGUUUGGUCGCAUCUAUGUGCCUUUUUCUCCUUUUUCUUUCUGGAAAUGCCCUGCGGGUUUAUGUUAGUUCAGAUUGGUGGUUGUUAGUGUUACAGGCCAAUGGCUCAGCGCAUGUUAGAUUGGGGGCCACUGAAAUAAUCGCUAGUGUCAAGGCUGAACUGGGAAAACCAAGCAUUCUUCAUCCUGACAAAGGAAAAGUUUCAAUUUUUGUUGACUGUAGUCCAACAGCUGAGCCUAUGUUUGAGGGUAGAGGGUCUGAGGAAUUGUCCGCUGAGCUCUCUGUUGCCCUGCAAAGAUGCUUGCUAGGUGGUAAAAGUGGUGCAGGUGCUGCAAUUGAUCUGUCGUCCCUAAUUGUUGUUGAGGGAAAGGUCUGCUGGGAUUUGUACAUUGAUGGGCUUGUGGUCAGUUCUGAUGGUAAUUUGCUAGAUGCGCUAUCUGCUGCAAUAAAGGUUGCUCUGAGUGAUACUGGUAUCCCAAAAGUUAAUGUUUCUCUUAGUGCUGCAUCAGACGAGGAACCUGAGGUUGAUGUAAGCGAUGAGGAAUUUCUGCAGUUCGACACCUCCAGUGUGCCCGUUAUAAUUACAUUAACCAAGGUGGGUCGGCACUACAUUGUUGACGCCACCUCGGAGGAGGAAUCCCAGAUGAGUUCUGCAGUGUCAGUGUCAGUCAACAGGCACGGCCAAAUAUGCGGGCUUACCAAGAGGGGAGGUGCAGGGCUGGACCCAAGCGUCAUCUUGGAUAUGAUAUCCGUUGCCAAGCAUGUGAGCCAGCAGUUCAUCUCCCUCUUGGAUUCAGAGAUCGCUGCCGCCGAAGCUGAAGCGGAAGAGUGA